GUAAAACACAGAAUGUGCCUGCUAGAAGCACACACAGACAUAUUUUUCUGCAUUUUGAAAAUGCAAAGCAGGCCGCUCAUGACUUCGUACAGACUACCCACGCACCACAACUAAAAUCUCCUUGGCAGUUCCCAGUGACAGCUUUACAAUGGAAGAAGACACACACUGCACAGCAGAAAGGGGGCUGUUGGAAGCUGUGAGCAGGAUUACUAUGUUUUCUACCACUGCUUCUCCUGAUGAAGAACAAAAUCAACCUAAAGCUGAAAUUUCUUGUCAAGUGAGCAAAGAAAACCCAAAAAAAGAUGAUCUCCAAGAUUCUAAUGCAUCCCUAAGUCCCAACUCUUCAAUGACCACUAAGGAGCUUCAGGAAUACUGGAGGAAUGAAAAAAGCCAGUGCAUACAGGUCAAACUCCUGUUUGAAAUCCCAUCAACCAGAAUUGUAGAGCACCACUUAUCUAAAUAUGUGAUGUAUAAAAUCAUAAUUUUGCAGACAGGAAGCUUUGACAGCAACAAGUCUGUAAUUGAACGGCGUUAUUCAGAUUUUGAGAAACUGCACAGAAAUCUUCUGGAGGACUUUAGUGAAGAAUUGGAAGAUGUGACCUUUCCCAAAAAAGCCUUAACAGGGAACUUCACAGAAGAAAUAAUCAAUGAGAGAAAACUAGCCUUUAAGGACUACCUGAGGCGUCUUUAUUCUAUGAAAUAUAUCCGAAGAUCAAAAAAAUUUAUUGACUUUUUAACAAAGCCAGAGCUUCAGGAAGCAUACGGCUGCCUGCGAGGUGGCCACUACACCAAAGCUUUGGAAAUCCUUUUAGAAGUCAUUGGUCUGCAGGAGAGGCUGACGAGAGGCAACCCUGUCUCAAUUGUCCCUACUCUCUGUGCUAUUGUGGUGUGCCACAAGGACCUGGACAACCCAGCAAGUGCCUUUGAAUAUGGAGAAAAAGCUCUAUCACGCCUUCAGCUGAAGCCCAGUCAAACAACAUUUUGCGAUUUCUGAGAAUGCUGAGAGGUUUAUGUAAAUUGGACUUUGCCUUAGUUUUACAGCCUGGUACACCAUACAACUAUCAUUUUGGUGGCUCUUCAAUAUCACAUCUAAUUCUUUGAUGAACCCAAUCCACAUAUAUGAAUACUACACUUAGCUUGGCCCUAACACUCUUGUGAAAGCUUCCUAACAAAUGGAAAAGCCUGUGUUUACCUGCUUCUGUCAUUCUCAAAACUUUUCCCAUAUGCUGGUAAUAAUCUGGUAAAUUAAUUGUUAGAAAUAUUGUAAUUAACAGGUCAUGCUAGCAUGGGUCAUUAUUUUCUGCAGAAUGUAGUCCACUGAGUAUUUCAAGGCCUGUGCUCCAGCUAGAAAUACUACAUGCACCACAGCUGCAUUGUUUAUGAAUUAAGAAUAGCUGUAUUAAAUUGCCUCCCAGACAUAUAAAAGAAUCAGCCGUUUGAAAAUGCGUUCAACCUGAAAAACAUUACUGUGCAUUGUUACAAGGUGAAUGGCUUGGAAAAAAUACAGAAUCAUAGCAGGGUCUAGAGUGGAAAGUUAAUAUUUUAAGUAGGUAUUAACAGCUAGGCAUUAAACUCAAAAUAUGUGGAUUAUAAUAUUUGACAUAUAAUUUUAUUUUUUUCUAGUAAUAUUAAAAGUAAGAGAAUUAAGAGUAAUUAGGAGACUUAAGGACUAAUCUUCCCACAGCACACCAUAUUGCAGGACAGUCAAAAUGGACCAACGGUAACACUUUCUUCUAGGAUCACAUCUCAAUCAUUGACAAAGCAGUGACAAAAGAAGCAUGCCUGCAGCCUGCACCAUGCUCAGGCAGCUUGGAGUUAAGGCAGAAAGGAAGCAUGGCCAUGACGCUGCUCCACUUCCACAGUAGUUUGUGGUGAAAGACCAGAACAAUAGGGAAACAAUUUUCCCCCUUUUGUUCCCUCCCCUCAUUGUGUGCAACAUCCCAGGCACAGCUGCCUUGGAUUCUCCUCAGGUUCCUGUGAGACUGUGUGAAUAGCUAAUUGUGUCCACAGACCCUUGUCCUACAGCUGACUACAAGAUUAGUGGGUCCAUAAGUAUAUGCUGGCUAGCAAAGACAAGUACCAGGAAAGCAGCACAUCAGAGAGAUCUUCCUUAACCUUUACUUGUGGUGAUGCUGCAACUUUCCAUCUCUGAAGGAUUAAGUGAUCCAAAGCUGACCAAUUUUUGUUGGCAUGGCAGUACACAUUAAGAAUAUGAGGUGGUGCGAUUUGGCAAAGAGAAAAUUUUACAUCAUCUAAAAGGCACUAAAAUAAACUUUGCCAAAAAAAAAAAUACUAUUUUGGUGGUAAAAGCCAAAUUCCUUCUGAGAAUGCUUUUCCAUAUAAUAUAUUAGCAGAGUUAUAUCAGCAAAAUGCUCCUAGAACAAGUCGCUUUGUCCCUAUCCACCUAAAGACAGAUGUUAUUCUCCUCUUUGUAUUGUAGGGAUAAUGAACAAAAAAAAUACAAGAAUGGCGCAAAGAAAGAGCAAUGCGCCUGUUGUAUAGUUUCCCUAUACUGAACUUUUUUGAUGCAGAGCCCUUUCAGUGCAUCUGGGGCAACCCCUUAGCCACACUCAGCUUUUUAUCAUUCCUCAGAAUCCACCUUCAGAGCAACCCAAGAAGAACACACCUUGCUUAAAGGCCUGAUUGCAAUUUCAUCUGCACUGAGACUUCCUCAAAAAGGAAAGUUAGUAUGGCGAUGGCAGCGAACAGGAACCCAAGGGGCCUGGAUUCCACAGACUUCUUUUGAACUUUGCUCAAGUAACUUAACCUCUAUUUCCUCAUUCAGUACUUCCCCGCUAAAGUUUCCUCAACCAGGUUUUCAGUGGUCACUGAAUAAAGAAGCUGUGAAACUUGACCAAAUAAGUUAAGACUAAUGUUUAGCUUAGAAACACGCAUUAAGAUGGAGGCAGUUUUGAUUUAUACAAGACAUUUCAUUUCUUGAAGAUAUUCUUGGAACAGAAGAGAAUUUAAGAGGCAGUAAAUUGUCAAACCUGGAUGAUUAUUGUUGAUUGCAUAGUUUCUUAGUAAUGCUGUCUUAUUUUAGAAUCAGACAUUAGUUUCCUUAUACAUUAGAGAAGGUACAAAAGCCUCUAUUUACCACAGUGAGGAGAUUCUGCCUCAUCAGGUCCACAAGGAAUCGGCCAGUUCUGAUUUCAGAGCUACGUACACUCAGAAACUGGUCAGACGUGCCGAAAGAAUUCGGUUUUCAUUUACUUACAUUUCAAAAAGUCAAUUUCUCCUUCUUUUUUUUUUGGUUGUUUUGUUUUCACUUAAGUAAUGGUAAUGGCACCUCUGCUCCCAUACUGACCCUUCUAUCUUCUACUUGGAAUGACAGCCUGAAAGGACCAGGUUCCCUCUGCAUGUACAUGUGACAGUCUUCCACAAUUAAAAACAUGUAGCCAGGUAAGCAGGUGCCCUCUUCUAUAAAGCUAUGCUUUAGCUCUAUUUUAUCAGUAUAUUCCAAUAUAUCAUCAUUACCAUUUUACAGCUUGGGAAAUGCCGGUACAAAUGAGAAAAGUAAAUUUCUCAAAGUCUCAUACAGUGGUCUAGAUUGUUUGGAGAGAUAGUUAAGCAUCGCUGGCUUUACAGCUUUGCAAAAUAGAGACACGCCACAGUUCUAUGUUAUUAAGUUCAUCUUGCAUGGUCAACCACAACAAAGCUUUAUUUUUGCCUGAUAUCAGAUACAUGAGACAGUUGUGCACGAUGUCUGUGGAAGGAAAAAUACUUGAAUAAACCUGUCAUAUACAUUUGAAGAAGUAAUAAGUGAAUACAGAAAAUAUUUGAUCUGCUAUUUUUCAUGAAAAUACCAAGAAAGAAAGCCUUGUAUAAGAGGCUUUUAGAAUAUAUUAAAAAUUUCUAAAAAAAAAAAUAUCAUUUUUCAUGAGGAGGAACAGAAAAAUAUAUUCAAAUGCAUUUUCCAGUUUUAAGCAAUUCUUAGAACUGCAUUAUUUCUUUCCCCUGCUCCUGUACUCUAAGCUAGAAGAACCAGACAGGCACUACAGAGUACCAUAGAUAUUAACAAUCCAAUAUUAUCCACUUUCCUCAACAUUCAGCAUACACAAACAGCACACAAUACAUCCGAGCUUUCCCAUGCAAUCUUACUCUUCUCGUUGACACUUAGCUCUGAAGCAUACAGAAGAUAACAUCCAAGUAUAAAUUUAAAUAUUUUUUUUUUCCAAAAGAAAAGGUCAAAAAACAAAACAAAAAAAAAAAAAAAAGAAAAAGAAAAUGUUGUCCAACCAACAUCUGCCUAGCAUGUUUAACAAACCACAGGCUGCAUACACACAAGCUAGAAGAAAAUUUAAAUAAAAUCUGGGCAGAUCAUCUCCAAGAGUCCAUGGAGAGUUGUACUACAAUCUAUUGAGCUUUGCCCCAUUUCCAUAUCAAUUAUUAUAUCAUUUGGGACAUUAAGUAGAUAAUGCUGUUUACACAACUUUCUAAAAUAACUAAAGAAGCCCAUGAGGAUGCCUAGUUACUUAUGAAACAUAUGCAGACAAGAUGCUCUCUGUGCAAUGCAGCAUCUUGUUUACAGGGAAUCCUGUGAUCUUUAUCACAUACUUGUUAUUAACUGCUGUUAUCUGCUGCAUCACUGGAGGAUAAUAUUUGCUUUCCUGAAUCUUAAUAAGGCUAAAUAUAUUAUUGGAUUCAACAGAUAUAUACAAGCAGCAUGGGAGUCCAGUUCAGGACACAAUCUAGAAAGGUUUUGUGCUCAGACAGCUGCUGAGCAAGUCAAAUCAAGAAUGUUUAUUUUCUGAUGAGAUCAAAGGUGGGAGCAAGACGUGUUGAAAACCUAAACACAGUUGUAAUGGUAUAAAAUACCGAAUGUCAACUCCCAUCUGAAUGAGGUGAGAAUCCCAAAGAACCAACCUGUUUGCAUUAAGAUCAUAUUACAACAUAUGCUCAUCACACUUUGUAUUUGCUGUAUAUACGGAUACACAAGGCACUAAUUUCAUGUCAGAGCAGUGAGAGAGUAACUACACUGAAAUUCCCCACUAAAAUUUCAGUGUAACUACACUGAAAUUUCCUCUUCUACACUGAAGUUCCCCCUGUACUCGUCUCUGGUGAGGCCACACCUUGAGUUCUGUGUUCAGUUUUGGGCCCCUCGCUACAAGAAGGACAUGGAGGUGCUUGAGCGGGUCCAGAGAAGGGCGACGAAGCUGGUGAGGGGUCUGGAGAAC